UCCCGCAUGGCUGUCGCAUUCCCAUUCUGCAAGUGGAGAUGGCCGGACGAAAGCAUCGGAAACGGAAAGACAGCUCGAAACGCCGUGAAGCCCCCUUGACCGGAGACGGAGGAGCCUCCCUCUAUCGCUCAAAUCACUCAGUGGACGAACCUCUUCUUCUCCGCCGUCGCCAACAUUCUCCUCCAUCUCCCUCCUCCACACUCCAAGACCGCGUCGCCGCCCAGCACCGGGAGAUUCAAUCCCUCCUCCUCGACAACCAACGGCUCGCAGCCACGCAUGUGGCGCUCAAGCAAGAAUUGGCCGCCACUCAGCAAGAUAUCAGCCAGUUGUCCUCUGCAGCAGCCGAAGUAAAGGCUCAGAGAGACAUUGAGGUGGGCAAGAUUUUCGAGAAAUCACUGAUGAUGGACGCUGAAGUUCGCGCCAUUGAAGCCAUGAGCUCGGACUUGGCUCAGAUGCGGGCGGAUGUACAGGAACUCAUUGAGGCCAGGAAGGACCUCGCGUCGCAGUUGCAGGAGAUUGAGAGCGACCUUGCGAGGGUUCGUGGGGAGUCGCAGCAAGUGCCUGCAAUCAACUCGGAUAUUGAGGCUAUGCGCCGUGAGAUUCAACGAGGAAGGAAUGCAGUUGAAUAUGAAAAGAAGACACAUGCUAGUAACCUUGAGCAUAGACAGACAAUGGACAAAAAUAUGAUUAUUAUGACUCGUGAAGUUGAAAAUCUACGAGUUGAGCUGUCUAAUGCAGAGAAGAGGGCUAGGGCUGCAGCUGCUGUCUCUGCAGUGACAGUGACGAAUCCAAGCCCUGGGUAUCCCCCAACCUUUGACAGUCCUGAAAUAGGAUAUGGAGGAUUUGCAUACUGUGACUCGUAUGGCAUGCAUCAGGCUGGGGCUAAUGCUCAUCCUCAAUAUGCUUCUGGAGCAGCUCUACAUCAUCCAUAUGACCUGCAACAUAUGCAUAGAUAGCAAUUCUGUAAAUUUAUCCAUUUGUGACGGAAAAAAAAUCUGUAAGCAGGCGAUACUACCUAUGAUCUUAAAGAAAUUAUUCAUCGACAGUGAGUAAAACUUUGUUAAAAAAAUUUAUCGUUUAUUGGCACUUUAA